AGCCAAAAAAGACAAGUCAUUCUCUCUAAAACCAAAUGUUGCAUUCCAUUCAUUUCAUUUGCAUCGUUUUUUCCCUUCUUCCUUUAUCCUUUUCCUUCGCUUGUCUCAAAAAACGCCCUUGUUAAGCUAACCCUAGCUAAUUAAGUCGGCUAAAUUAGAUAGCUACCUACUAUUGCAAUACAAUUCCACAAAAAAGCAAUAAUUUAAUAUUUAGGUUUCCUUUUUAUUGUUUGAGCAGUUUCUUUUCCUAAAGAUUGUGUGACAAUGUUGUUUUGGUUUUUGAGAUUUGGAAUUUGGACAAAUUAAAGAGGUUUCAUUGGGCUAUGGGAUUUGUAGCGUACCUUGUCAGUGUUUCUCGGGAUCAGCAUCAUCUGAAAGCAGCAGCUGUAAUAUUAUAUUAUUGCAGAAGUAGCUAGCAGGUUAAUUCUCAGAUCUUAUAAAGUGUCUAUUCUUACAAAUUAAGACAGCAGAGGAAAAAAAAGAUGCAAAGAAUUGUGAAGAAAGAAUCAUUAUAAUGAAGAGAGCAACAGGAGGAGAGAUAGUGCAAGUAGAAGGAGGCCAUAUUCUCCGGUGCACUGGUAAAAAAGACCGCCACAGCAAAGUUUAUACUGCAAAAGGACCUAGAGACCGAAGAGUCCGUUUAUCUGCUCACACUGCUAUUCAAUUCUACGACGUUCAAGACCGAUUAGGCUAUGACCGGCCUAGUAAAGCUGUCGAUUGGCUUAUCAAAAAGGCGAAAAACGCCAUUGAUAAGUUAGAUGAGUUGCCUCCUUGGAACCCCAGUAUUCAUGAUGCAAACAAUAUGCACACAAAUAUAACAGAAGCUGAUGGCAGCUCAAGUGGUAAUAAUAUUGUCUUGGAACAACAACAAGAGUUUGAGCUUCACAGACAAUUAGAAGAAAAUAACCCAAGUGGUGGUAAUUCUUCUAAUUCAUAUAUGAUGCAAACGCAUACAGGAGGAGAAAGACAGUCGCUUGGUGAUACUAUGAAAUCAUUUUUUCCAAUGAAUUCAGGGACUUCAUUAAUGAAUUUCCAAAACUACCCACAUGAGAUAAUAUUGCCAAGAUCAGCUUCAUUUCAGAAUGAAGAUCUUGGCUUAUCUCUUCAUAGUACUACUUUUCAUGACCACAAUUCUAACCAUAGGGCUUCUUCAAGUCAUGACCACCAAACCAUUUUCCCAAGUCAAAAUUUUGAAACAAAUUAUUCAAGAAUGGCAGGUUGGAUACUACCCCAUCAUCAGCAAACAUUCUACUCCCCACAACCACAAGGUUCUGUAUUUCCUCAAAGGGAACCCCUUCAGUCCAAUUUUUCACAGUUAAUUCAUGCUUGGGAAGAGCGGCCGCCGAUGGACCAUGUCCAUCAUCAAGCAGAAAUUUUCAACAGACAUUUCACUUCAGAUUUUCAGAUUCCAGCUAGGAUUCAUGGUGAACACGAGGAGCCUUCCUCUGCUUCUCCCAAUUCUCACCAUUGAUUGUUGAUUAAAAGGUCGAUUGGAUACUUUGUCAUCACCGAUCGAAGAUCAAAUGUGCAAUAUUUGAAGGAAAACACGGUCAGAGUUUCAAAGAGAUGUAACUGUAUUUCUUAUCUUAAUUUUUGUGGAUUUAGUCUAUUACGUUAGCUAGGGUGCUGAAGCCUUAUUUUGAUUGCAAAUUUUCAACAUUUUGUUUGAAUUGUUUCAGUGAUAUUAUUGGAAACUUAAACUGAUUGUAGACUGAUUAGUUCUUGAGACUCAACUUGAGUUCGUUGUCCGAUUUAGAAUUCUCCUGUGUUUGCAUAUUAAUUUGUUUUAAAGAUUUAUAAAAUAGUGGGAUGGGUCUUUAUUUU